AAUCAAGUUUGAUUUGGUAUUCAAAACGAUAAGUUAUAACAGAGCUUGGAGUAGUUCGUUCCCAAACGAUUUUCUUCAGCUCAUAUCAAAGUGAAAAAAACUUUUAUCAAAAUAAAAAUAUUUUAAAACAUUUGAAUUUUUCAAAAGGAAAUUUUCGGAAGAAAUUAACAAAAUGGCAGCUUUUGCAGCAUAUCAAUCAGGAAGUUUUGGUGGUAAUCUUACCGUCCUUGAUCUCGUACAUCCAGAAAUGCGCCAUAUGGUCAGUGACCACUGGAGCCAAUUUCCACCAAUGAAUCCUCUUUGGCAUUCUAUAUUGGGAUUCACCAUCUUCUGUAUUGCGAUCAUCUCAAUGAUUGGAAAUUAUGUUGUAAUUAGCGUCUUCACAUCUACCAAAUCACUUCGUUCGCCUUCAAAUCUCUUAGUUGUCAACUUGGCUUUCUCUGACUUCUUGAUGAUGUUCACUAUGGGACCACCUAUGGUUAUGAGUUGUUAUCAUGAAACAUGGAUUUACGGACCAUUGGCUUGUGAAUUAUAUGCUGCUGCUGGAUCAUUGUUUGGAUGUGUAUCAAUUUGGACCAUGACAUUGAUUGCAUUCGAUCGUUACAAUGUUAUCGUAAAGGGUCUUUCAGGCAAGCCAAUGACUAAGAGUGAUGCCAUGGUCAGAAUUGCAACCAUCUGGUUGCUUGCUCUUAUCUGGACUGGUGCUCCAUUCUUUGGAUGGUGCAGAUAUGUUCCAGAAGGAAACAUGACAGCAUGCGGAACUGAUUACUUAUCGCAAGACUGGGGAAGCCGUUCAUAUAUUUUGGUAUAUGCUGUGUUUGUAUAUUUCACACCACUUCUCAUGAUCAUUUACUCAUACUUCUUCAUCUUGCAAGCUGUAGCCGCUCACGAGAAGAAUAUGCGAGAUCAAGCCAAGAAAAUGAAUGUUGCAUCCUUAAGAUCAUCGGAAAAUGUCAAUCAAAGUGCUGAAUGUAAAUUGGCUAAAGUUGCAUUGAUGACAAUCUCAUUGUGGUUCAUGGCCUGGACACCAUACUUGAUCAUCAACUUUACUGGAGUUCUUACAAGUACAAAGAUCACACCACUUGCAACAAUCUGGGGAAGUUUAUUCGCCAAAGCUAAUGCUGUCUACAACCCAAUUGUUUAUGGCAUCAGUCAUCCAAAAUAUCGUGCUGCUCUUCAAAAGAAAUAUCCAUCAUUAGCUUGUGCAAAUGAACCAGAACCUGAAGUCAGUGAUGCACAAUCAGUUGCAACGGCUUCUACAGAUGAAAAGGCAUAAAAUUAUGGCAAUGACAAACUUACUUUGAACACAUAAAUUGACCAAGGAAUACGUUCUACAUUAUUUUAUAAUUUAACGAGCAUUCUCAAAAUGUAAAAAAAAAUAAAAAAAUUAAUAAAUUGUAAGAUGACAAUUUAAAAUGAAACUUUAAAUGCUUUGAAAAUGUAUUUGAGAUAUAGAUUUACAGGGUUGUUAAGUUUUAAGGCAAUCUUUUAUUUAAGCUCUAAAACUUUUAAAACUUUUAAUAUUCGAAAAGUUCGUUCUGAAAAUGGUUUAGCUAAAACAUAAAUUUCGAUAUCUUACUCCAAAACCUGAUUAAAAAAGUCCCUUUGCAUGUUUAAGACAAAUCUUUUGAUAUGCAAUCAUUAGUCC